AUGGAUCAAAUUUAUGCGUAUGAAAAAUAUUUAAAAAAUCGUUAUAGUAAGAUUGAAAUAUUUUACUUUUUUAAUGGUACUUGUGAAUUUUUAUUUGCAGUUUCUGUGAAUAAUUGGCAAAGUUUGCAGGAAUCACUGGACACUGGAGGUGAAGGUACAUUAACGAGUGGUAGCGAUCACAGCAAAAAAAGUCGCAAAGAGGGUCGUUAUAAGUCUCUCGAGAAAAUUCGCUCUCCACCAUUAUUUCCACGGAAUACGAAUGACCCUGCAACUUUUUCUCCCUUAUCACAACGGCGUAAUUACGUUGAGGUAAAUCUUGUCAAUUUAUCACUUCAAUUUGCAUAUUGCAUCAAAAUUAUCCAAUCCAAAUUACGAAUUUUGUGA